CGCCAGUGACGGCUGCGGCCGCGACGGCACUGGUGGCGGAAGCUACGCCGGCGACGUAACGCCCACCACGUAUUGCCUAGCGGGAACCCCAGCGAUGACGCUGCAUCAGCAGCCACAGCUUGGGUCCUACGCUUUGCCCCUUCCCAUAAAAGCGGAUCGCGAGGUUGCCGUACAUGUCGCCCCCGCCGCCGGAUUACGACAUCCGUACAAUGUUGGCCCCGAGCAUGACGUCAGCACUGGUAGUGCCGGUGACUCCGGCGGCGGAAUCGGCGGCGUCGGAAAUCGUGUUCCUCCGUUGCAGUUGCCUCGGUCUGCACCUCUUGCCGGUGCCGGAGCCGGCUUGGAGACUGCAGACCGCUGGCUGCUGCAGCCGCUGCCAGCGACGCAGCUGCAUCAGCAGCAACAACAGCAGCAUCCAGUGGUGGGCCCCACGCUCCUCAUGGCCUCUCCAGCUGCACAGCAUGGGUUGCUGCCAACCUCAGAUCCCACGGCGCAGCACAACAGCGGCUACAUGGGUAGAGCCCGUUCUCUACCUCCAGCUCCCUCCCGGGUCCCCUUCGGUCGCGGCAGCAGCUGGACCGGCGGCAGCAGUACUGGCGGUGUAACCGACGGUAGCGGCUUCAGGGGCGGCGGCUGCUACAGCGGCGGCGGCGGCGGCUUCAGCGGCGGUGGCGGACCGGCGGAUGCGGCUCGGCGUCUACUAGCCCCAGCGAGCGCGCUUCACGCAGCGGUCUACCUGCCACCGAGUACCUACCUCGAGCGGCUAAGCAUCAAGAUACAUAACCGCCGACCCGACCAACUGCCAACCGACAUAGCGGCGCCGAUGACUGACUGGCUGGCAGGAGCCGGUGCUAGCAUGGUACAGGGCUUCAUUCGCCCCGGUUGCACCCAUCUGAUCUUGGACGUGUUGCAUGGAGAUCAGGAGAGGCUGGUUUCGGAGCUGUGUGGAGGAGGAGGUGGCGCAGACCCACGGGUCGCUGCGGAGCGGCUAGUGAGGGCGGUGCUGGGUUGUCCCCGCCUGGACUCCACAUGUCAUUUGCACAUGCAGUGCGGUGAUAAGAUGUUGGCUAUCAACGGAAGUCGGGUCGAUCUGCGACGGCGGCUGGGAAGGCCAGUCGCGGCUCCGCCGCCAGUAGCAACUGCACCAACCGUCGACACAGCGUCAGGGAGGGGCGCCACACCCAGCACAACACCGCCACCAGCACAGCGUGCUGCUCCUGAUCUCGAGGAACCAUACGCUGACCCGUGGGUCAAUCCCGAGCUGUUUGGUGUUUCACCGCUCGCGGUUGUUGCAGGCCAAGGCUUCGCAUUGGAAUUGGCGGGCCGAGGCCUAGCAGUACGGCCCGGUACGACAUACCACGUGCGCUUCCGAGGCAGGCACCUUGCCGUGCUCCAUGGCGACGACCUGCGUACGACAGAAGAUGUAGAGGUCAGUGGUGACGACGUGGCGGCGGCGGCGGACGCUGAUGAGUGGGGGAGCGGCGAUUGUGCGGCGCUUGUGGCCGAUGCAGGAAUCGCAGCCGCCGGCACCGCUACCUCUGUACCGUACACGAGGCAUGGAGACGUCGACGACGGUUUGUACGGCGGCGGCCGCCGUGUUUUCAGCGGCGACGGCGCCAGCAGCGGUGGCGAUUACUGUAGCUGUGGCCCGGAGGAAGAGGUGGGGCUCUUGCUUGUGGAGCCUCCGUUGCACGCAGG